AGUACGCCCGCCGUCGUCAAGCAGAUAAAUUCGACGCUCCGCGUCGUUCGAAAUCUCUACACAAUGUUUUGGCGAAACGAAGUUAAAUAAUCAAAAAAUAAUGGCUGUCGAAAUUUUAGAUAAAGAUCAUUACGCUAUUAGUGCAAUAGUUACUGUUACUAUGCAAAUUAUAUUUUUCAUAAUAGCGGCUACUUUUCAAAUGGAUAAAGUAACGGAUUUUGCCGGGGGGAUAAAUUUCAUCAUUUUAGCCCUUUUAACUUUUAUUUUGGGACAAGGUGAAAGAAGAAGCUACGACAGUAGACAGUUGAUGGUAACAGUUUACGUAUGCCUUUGGGGCGCGAGGCUAUCUUGUUAUUUAUUAUAUAGAAUAAUGAAAAUCGGUAGAGAUAAACAAUUCGACGAUAAGAAAAGUAACAAUAUUAGAUUCGCUAUAUUUUGGACGUUCCAGGCCAUUUGGGUAUAUAUAGUAAGUUUACCGGUGAUAAUAAUAAAUUCCCCCAGACAUUCUAUACCGCAAGCUCCUAAAACUAUGACCACAUUAGAUUCUACAGGGACGGCUUUUUUUCUAGUUGGAUUUUUAGCCGAAACUUACGCAGAUUUACAGAAAUUUUCUUUUAGACAGGACGCCAACAAUCAGGGCAAGUGGUGUAACGAUGGUUUGUGGCGGCUCUCCAGACAUCCCAAUUACUUCGGUGAGAUAGUUUUGUGGUGGGGGAUAUUUAUAAUAUCGUUAAACGUACUCGAAGGUGUAGAAUGGGUAGCAAUAAUGUCACCAUUAUUCACCACAAUAAUUAUAUUGUUCCUAUCUGGUAUUCCUCUUCUAGAAAAGUCUUCCGAUGAAAAAUAUAGAGAUAUAUCAGAAUACCGGUACUACAAGGCAUCAACGUCUCCUCUAAUUCCAGUACCGCCUUCAAUAUACGUCGAAGUUCCUCAAUUUUUAAAAUUCCUACUUUGCUGCGAAUAUCCGAUGUAUAAUUCUCUGGAGGAGAAGAAUCAAGUCAAAAGCGUUCAUGUAAUCAAAGAAUCGGCCAGCGCAUCUUUGGGGGCUUCCCAGACAUAACUAUAGCUGCACGCUGGUCAUAGACAAACCAGCAAUUUGGAUAAUCAAACGUUCGAAACUAAAGUACAGAUAACGGCGUUAUGAAAUUCGUAUUUGGUUGUUGAAGUUUUCGACGUAAAUUUAGAAAAUUGUUUGAAUCAUAGAAAAAUUUCAAACAGUAUCAGUACAUAUGGAAAAUUCAAAGUCUAGUUCUCAUUUGCACUCUUUGAGGUUAUUAUAAUAUUUAUGACCGGAGGUAUUUAAUUACGCGGGUUAAUGACUUGUGAUUUCAAGGUCAAUAUAUUAGUUCUUCUAAUAAUAUUCUUUUUUUUUGUGUAUCAUUCCGAUCUUUAUCUUUUCAAAUAAAUUGGGUUAGAAUUAUUAAUUUUUUUAUAAUUUUCAAAAUUUUUACAAGGAAACAAAUAGUUUUAUAUUUUUAUCUAAAUUUGCCGCUUUAUACAUCGUUGUUUAUGUCGAAAUAUUUUAUUAUGAAAUUGAAAUUUCAUGUACGUGUUCGAAACAACGUUGCCAGAUCAUGAAGACCAUAAAAUUUCUUAAUAUGCGGUGAUGUAAGUGUCUAUACAUUUCUAGUGAGGUGAUUUGGAAGUCGGCCACAUUGUCGUGGUAAAUAAUGAUUCUAUUUCGUUUGUGUAUAGAAAAUUGAUUGUUUCGAGUAGUUUUUUCAUCGUAACUAAUAUUUUUGGUGAAAAAAGAAAUGAAAAUAAAACACCAUUACUAAUAAUAAUUUUAAUGUAAAUACAUUAACAUUCGUCUACGAAGACAACAUGGCGGCUGGUUGUGACGUCAUCAUGAAAUGAUAGAGUAAACAGGCAUUUAACGCUAGUAAAUAGUGAAAAAACUUAAAAAAAAAAUAGUAACUAAUAUUGUUGAUAGGUAUAGAAAUUCUGGAAAAUUAAUAUUAAUUUUUUUAAAAAUACCAAUAUACAACUAUUUAUAUUGUGCUUAUAGUCCAGGAAAAUUAUGAAACAAAUCGGAAUAAUUAGUAUUUUGGUGCAAUAAAUGCAUUUUGCAGCAUAAUUUCUUAUAAAACGAUCGGAAACCCAGAGAAAUCGCUUGAAAAUCGAUUAUAGGGGGUUUUCGAGCAUGCUGAGUCCAAUUUUGACAUUAAACUCGCUGGAGACACGGGGGUGGUUCUACGAGGCUCUCAGGGGUUGAAUUUCGGAAAACUUCGCGAUGUAUAAGCUAUUUUCUGUAUAUAUAAUAUAUAGAUUGAAUUUAAAUUUUCAUAAUUUAUAAUAAAAUUUAAGAUUGAACAUGCAUUUUCACCAUUUAUAUCAACCCCGGUGAAUUUCAGAACCAGAAUUGUACGCACCAUGCCCGAAAAUCCACGAGAAACGAUUUUCCAGCAAUUUUUCCGGGUUUAAUAAUCGUUUUGUAAUGGUAUUGAUUUGUAACUCCCGAACAGUCUCUUAUAAACAACCCCUGGAGAAUUUCAAUGCCAAAAUUAUAUUCACCAUGUCCGAAAAACCCCGAGAAACGAUUUUCCAGAGAUUUUUCCGAGUUUCGAGAAAUUAUGCAACCGCAAAAUGCAUUUAUUGCACUAGAAUGCAAUUUCCUAAAUUUUUUCGCGACCACUUUAUGAAGACAAGGAAAAAAGCCUCGAAAUCUACUGUUUACCAUGUUUUCUUAAUUCUCGUCGAUUUCGAUCUAAUUGUCCUGGACUAUUAUAAAAGUGCAUUAUCAAAAUCUAACACAAAUAUACCAUAUCAUGAAUAUUUCUUCUACAAAUUUCAUUUAAAAAUUGUUAUAUAAAUAAAUAAACCAAAUUGAUAUAGUUAA